AUGGCUCACUCCAAAGCUCCUGUCGUCACCGGUGUGGCUGUCGUUUUUGCCAUUCUCUCCUUUGUCGUGGUUACUUUGCGCAUUCUGUCGAGGAUUUUUAUCUUCCGCAAGGUUCGCUUGGAUGAUUAUCUCAUUAUAAUCGCCUCACUUCUCUCCUGGGGCUUCAUCGGCAUCGGCCUCGCCGCUGUCCACAAUGGCCUCGGCCACCACAUGUCUGACAUCGACCUGGCCGACUUCCAAACCUAUCUCAAGAUCAUCUACGUCAGCUCGACCUUCUACCUGUCCUGUCUGGGCUUCGUCAAAUGCUCCGUUCUCGUCUUCUACACGCAUCUCGAGAAUGCCACCCUCACCCGGCUGUCGUACAUCAUGCUCGGGGUGAUUGUCUGCCAGGCCGGAUCAUUCGUGAUUGUGGCUAUCUUCCAGUGCAAUCCUAUCCGUAAAGCGUGGUCUCCAACCACACUGGGGAGCUGUGUAGAGAUCAACGUGUUUUAUAUGGCGAAUGCGGCGUUGAAUAUCUGCACCGAUGUCAUCACGUACGCUCUACCCAUGAAGGUCAUCAUGCAACUCGACAUAUCCCGUCGACAGAAGAUUGGUAUCCUCAUCAUUCUCUGCUUUGGUCUUUUCGCCUGCAUCGCCUCCAUCAUCCGCAUCACCUACAUCCCCGCCAUGCUCUCCUCCCCCGACGUAACCUACGUCAUCAGCGACGCCAUGUACUGGUCCAUCAUCGAGACCAACACGGGUAUCCUGGCUGCAUCGAUGCCGUGCUUCAAGGCCAUCUUUGCACGCUUCCUGCCGCGACUGCUGGGCUCAUCGAGAGGGUGCAAAGAGGAUGAUGCCUCUGAUGCCACGCAGAGCCUGCGUCCGGAUCCGUGGAGUCAGCCGGAUUUACCGUUGCCAGAGUUGCCCAAGGCGAGGGAUUAG